ACGCCCCGCCCACUUAUCGCGAGAGCGUAGCCUCCGAGUCGCGCGAGGACUGCCCGGCUUCCUUACUGAAGCUUCGGAGCGCGGGUCUCCGGCGGGAGCUCAGUGGAUACUUUCUUACGAAGUCCGCGUCUAGACGCAGGAGCCAUAUAUUGGAGACAAUGUCUGGAAGCUUCUACUUCGUGAUUGUCGGCCACCAUGACAACCCAGUGUUUGAAAUGGAGUUUCUGCCACCCGGAAAAGCAGAAUCCAAAGACGACCAUCGUCAUCUAAACCAGUUCAUAGCUCAUGCUGCCCUUGACCUGGUGGAUGAGAAUAUGUGGCUGUCAAACAACAUGUACUUGAAAACUGUGGACAAGUUCAAUGAGUGGUUCGUCUCAGCAUUUGUUACUGCGGGUCAUAUGAGAUUUAUUAUGCUUCAUGACGUAAGACAAGAAGAUGGGAUAAAGAACUUCUUUACUGAUGUCUAUGAACUAUACAUCAAGUUUGCAAUGAAUCCGUUUUACGAACCCAAUUCUCCUAUUCGAUCCAGUGCAUUUGACAGGAAAGUUCAGUUUCUCGGGAAGAAACACCUCUUAAGCUAAACACAGAAAACUUUGGAAAUAAACAGUGUCUCUGCAAUGGAUUAUACUCAGGAAUGUGGGCGUUGUAAGUUACUUGAUUAAAUAGCCUGGAAAAGUUUUUGUAUCCAUUUAUCUAAACUUAGUAAAAUUCCUUAUAGUUACAAAUAGUGCAUUCAGUUUCUUAGAAUUAUCAAUAGAUUAAUAUUUGCUUCUGAACAGUUAUUUAUAAGGAUUUCUGUAUCGAUAGCCUUGAAAUAUCUUUGGAAAUCUCAGAAUAGGCUUUUGGCUUUCCUCGUUCAUAUAACCAAAUGUCAUUGUCAAGAUUUGGUAGUCAGAUUUAAACCUAAAGCAUCUGCAGUGAGGAAUGGAGUUGGUAGGACAUACAUGGGCUUCCCCAUACAUCUAGAGAUGCUAUACGAAUGUAUAGGCACUGUGCAUAGCCCGACGCAAGAAGCUGAAGUGGGCAGCGUUUGCAGUGCCCAGUGCCACGUACCUGCCCACUGUCCGAUCCGGGCCGGUGAUCCUACUGUCAUUCAUUCCGAAAUCCAGAUCCAUGUCUGCAAAAUGGGGAGUGGGGCCCAAAGUGCCAGGUUGUGUUAGUUCUUUUAUUCCCUUUCCCUUAGUACACUAAGAUUGAAUGAACCUGUUGAUAGCCUUGUUAAUAAAAAGCUGGAAGACGAUUUUAGGGUUGUAAACCCAGAAAAACCUGUAUUACGUUAACGUGUGCCCUCCUGGCCUUUGAGGCUGUGCACCGGAGGGGGCAGGAGGGGGCUGUUUUACUGUAAGGGGUGGAGUCCUUACUGUAACGAGAUGUCAAUCGAAAAGCAAGUAAUAUAAAGACACUUGUUCCGUGCUUCUUGGGCGCACUUGAAGACUUUUGUUCCGUUCUGAAUAACUUGAGCAAGUAAUUUGAAGUGUGAUCUUUUAUGUGUGUGUAAAGUUGCUACUAUGAUUUUUUACCCUAUUUAUUUGAGUUACUAAAUAAAGAUGUUUGUCCAAGA